GAAAUUGCAAUUUGUACUGUAUUGUAAAGUGAUUUUUCAAUUCUUUGAAUUUGUUUAUUUUGUUAUCAUUUGAAUUUUGUUUGUUUUGAUAGACCAAUCAGAUUCAUGUUUUUUGAUAUGGUUGAAGUUUGGCGCGCAAUUAUAUUAAUUACCGAAGAAUAUCAAGAACUUAUUGAACGUGAUGCGAUUGAAAUUUCUUGGUUGUGGAAAUAUCUACAAAUGUUUCUAUACUUAUUAUGCACAAUUAGCGGAUAUACCUGUAGCGUUUUAUUCUACAUAUUAUGGAAAGAAAUUUUCGGAGAUAACUGUCCACUUUGGGCAACAUCUGUUCUAAUAUCAAAAGAGAAAUUGGAAUUAGAUGAUAUUCGUGAUAUAUGUAAAAAUCAUUUAUUAGAUUGGUGGAAAUAUAUUUUUACUGACUAUAUACAUGAAAAUACAUGUGAAAUGUAUUUAAUAACAUGCUUUUCAUCUUGUAUAUUUGGAGUUGUUUGGUUUACUUUAUUUCUUAUGUGUGGUAAAGGAGGACAAGAUAUACCAAUAUAUGAAAGUCCUUGGAGAAUUGUAUUUCCUGCAAUAUGCUUUAAUUUUAUAUUUGCCAUUAUAUCAAUGUAUGCACAUUAUAAUUUACAACAAGGAUAUAAGUCAUUUAAUGAUGGUAUCAAAAAUGUUUCUUAUGAGAUAUAUAGUAUUUGCAAAAUGCCUAUGAAUAUAAGUGAUUGUGAAAUAAUAAAGAUAUAUAUGAAAAUGCAUAAUUUUUAUAUAUAUGAUGUGUGUCAUAUAAUUUCAUAUCUUCAGGUAAUAUUCUGUAUAUAGAGUUUUAAUUUUUAAUAUUUUUUUAAGAUUUAUUUCUAUAUAAUAUAUAUUCUUCUAAGAUAUUUACAGUUAUAAUGAUGUGUAGUUGGUCAGGUGGAUUGAUAAUAUUAAUUUUAAGGAUGAUACUAGUCAUUGAUUUUAAAAUUUUAAAAAUUAGAAUAUAUGAAGUAAA